AUGACUGUCGAAAAGAGUUUCCCGUCGGGAAUGAGUGAUUCUGGGGAAGAGUUUCCCGUCGGAAUGCGUGUGCUCGCCGUCGAUGACGAUCCCAUCUGCCUCAUGGUCUUGGAAAAUCUCCUCCGGAAAUGUCAAUAUCAUGUAACCACAACAAAUCAAGCAAUAACAGCAUUGGCGCUGUUGAGAGAGCAUAAAGACAAGUUUGACCUGGUAAUUAGUGAUGUGCAUAUGCCUGACAUGGAUGGAUUUAAGCUGCUUGAGCUGGUGGGACUUGAGAUGGACCUUCCUGUCAUAAUGUUGUCUGCAAAUGGUGAUACGAAGCUGGUGAUGAAGGGGAUUUCUCAUGGAGCCUGUGAUUAUCUGCUGAAACCCGUGAGAAUGGAGGAGCUCAAGAACAUCUGGCAACAUGUAAUCAGAAGGAAGAAGUUUGACUCAAAGGAGAAGAACAAAACAAGCAACUUAGACAAACCCACUUCUGAUAGUGGCAAUGGACAUGGAUCAUCUGGAGCCGUAAAUUCAGAUCAAAAUGAGAAGCUGACUAAGAAACGGAAGGAUCAAGAUGAUGAUGAAGAUGAGGAGCAGGAGAUUGAUCAUGAUAAUGAUGACCCUUCAACCCAGAAGAAGCCUCGGGUUGUUUGGUCUGUGGAGCUGCACCGCAAGUUUGUUGCUGCUGUUAAUCAGUUAGGCAUUGAUAAGGCUGUACCUAAAAAAAUUCUGGAUUUGAUGAAUGUUGAAAAGCUUACAAGGGAGAAUGUGGCGAGCCAUCUCCAGAAGUAUAGGCUUUAUCUGAAAAGAAUUAGUUGCGUGGCUAACCAACAGGCUAAUAUGGUGGCGGCCUUAGGGUGUGCAGAUCCAUCCUAUUUGAGAAUGAGUUCUGUGAGUGGGGUUGGACAUUUACAAACAUUGAGUGGUUCUGGACAGCUUCAUAACAAUGGUUUUAGAUCCUUUCCACCAGGUGGAAUAAUUAAUAGAUUGAACACUCCUGCUGCUUUGAAUGCGCAUGGGUUUCCUUCUGGAGUUCUUCAGUUGAGUCAAUCACAAAAUUUAAACAACACUAAUGAUCAUCUUAAGUUCCAGUCAGCCAUGGUUCCUGUUAAUCAGAAUGGUGUUCAGGGAAUGCCAAUGUCUGCUCAAAACAAUAAGGGUGUUAUUUCUGUUCAAAAUCUAACCACUGUUUUUAAUGCCAAAACAAAUUUUCCCAUCUCAAAUAAACUCCCAGAUCCAAGACCAAAAAUAACCACCUCUAGCUCGCAAAAUCCAGAUGUAGGUAUGUCAAACAAUGCCUUGAUGUUGGAACCAUACCCUCAAGGAACACAAGGGAGUGUAAGAAUUGAAACUUUAUCUUCUUCAGUAGCCUCUCAACAUUCAGAUUAUUCUUUACCUUUGCUGGAUCAAGGUAGAUAUAGUGAUAAUAGUUGGACAAGUGCUGUGCAGCCAUCUGUGAUCCAGACAAACUCUUACCCUUCAAGUGAAUGUUUUAGACAGACUAAUAUACCUCCUCCAGAUAACAUGGCUUCUGUACCCUUACAAGGUGGUAAUCUGAGUGGUCCAUCUAUCACUUCACUGUCCAGGCAAUCCCAUGAUUCAAUGACAAAUAUGCACUCUGAAGGAGUGACUUUUACUAACAGAUCUGGGCUCAUAAGCAGUAAUGUGCCAUUUCAAGGAUGGGAUGACCGUAAUCAGGAUGCUACUCACCAUUCAAAUAAUAUAUUUGCAUCAAUAAACUCAUUGACUCCAGUCAAUGGUGCUACUGUUCCAGCAGGCCAUACAGCAACAAACUCAGCCUCCCAGAGAAACUUGGACUUUAACUUUGGUGAUCCCUUACAAAUGAAGCAUGAUGGGUUUGUGGAAUUUACUGAAGAGAUCUCAUCUAAGCAACAUCAGGGGAAUAUCUUGAACCAGCAGAAGUCACAACAUAGUCAUUUCUCUAGUAAUCUUGGUUCAUUGGAAGACUUGGUCAGUUCAAUGAUGAAACAGGAAAAAGAUAAGCUGAAAUUAUUGGAUGGAAACCUCAUUUGCGAUAAUUACUCUGGUGGAUUAUCUAUGUGA